AUGCCAAAUUUAAAUGCAGUAGUAGUGAAAAGUGAAGAUCAAUCUCCAUUACCAAUUGAAGAAUCAACUGAAAUGUCAAAAGUUUUAUUAAAAACAUCAUGUAAAAAUACGAAGAAAAAAAUUCUACUACCACUUUUUAUCUUCAUAAUUGUGGUUGCUAUAACUACAACAUUAAUAAUUGUAGUUAAAAAGAGAAAUGUCGAGAAAACAACCUUAACAAUCGGUAACAUCACGAUGGAACCAUUAGUAACAAAACCAGCAGAACUGUCAACAACGACAACAAAAGACCCAUCUUCAUCCAGUGAUUUGCAUUGGAAUACAAAAGGGAUCACUAUAGGUAUCAACUCAUCGCCGAAAUUAUCAUGUUCACGUCUAUUUAUUGAUUCUAAUGAUACUUUAUAUGGUGUAGACAACACUAAGGCUUAUGUUUGGAAGCUAUCAAAGAAUGAUACAAAUGCAACCAUUAUCGCUGGAAUUUAUGGAUCAAGCGGACAGAGUAGUUUUCAACUGCAUUAUCCUGAAGAUGUUUAUGUUAAUCAAUAUGGAGAUAUAUAUGUAGUAGAUACUAACAAUCAUCGCAUACAAAAGUUCGUUAAUGGAAAAACGGAAGGGGUAACUAUUGCAGGUCAGGGUGUAACAGGUAAUGGUAGCUCGGAUCUGUUGCUUUAUCCUCGCGACUUUGCCUUUGACUCAACAGAGACAUUCAUGUACGUUGCUGAUCGUUCGAUGAAUCGGAUAUUACGCUUUUUAAUAAAUUCAACAGUAGGUAAAUCUGGAACUGUUGUAUUCGGCAACGAACAAGAUGGUAACCAGAAACACCAAGUGAAUGGCCCGUGGAGUAUUUAUCUUUUACCGCCUAUGGAAAAUACUCUUUUCAUCGCAAAUCAUGAUGGACAUUCUAUAAUGCGUUGGUCUAUUGGUGAAAUAUCGGGUACUUUCGUAGCAGGCAAACCAGGUUUUGCAUGUUCUGAUUCUGAUUGUCUACAUGACCCGACCGAUGUUCUAGUUGAUGAUCAUUCGAAUAUAUAUGUAGUUGACUCGUUGAAUCAUCGAAUUCAAAUGUUUUGUCAAAAUAACAAAGAUGGUGAAACUAUUAUUGGAAAUGGUAUCCGUGGUAAUAAUUCAACACAGUUAUCAGAACCACGAGGAAUAGCAUUCGAUUCAGCAAUGAAUAUGUACGUUUGUGAUACAGGCAAUUAUCGAGUUCAAAAAUUUCUUAAACUUUAA